CGAUGAUGAUUCAUUUCGGUGUCGGCGCUCAUUCUCGUUCCUUCAUGUUUGAUUUGUUGGCGAUGUGAUUAAUGUUCAAUUGACUAUUUGCGUUGAUUUAUUUCUGUUAUUUCUCAAAAAGAAAUUAAAUGUUGAUCUAUUUAUGUUCAAUGUUCUUAUAAAUUAAUGUUUAUUUGUUGAGUUUACAAUGGGCGAUUCUCUUGAGGGCGUUGAUGCUCCUCCGGAGGAACAGACCGUAGCAGUCGUCGAAGUAACGGAUUUCACGAAUUAUCUCAAGAAGAUCGUUCCUAUUUUACUACAAGAAGAUGAAAUCAAUUAUUCUGCUCUCAAUUCAGCGUUGGAAGACCGUAAUAACGUUGAAUUGAUUAAAAAGUUUUUGGGCGAUUCUCAAGUCUGUACACUUUUUGUUCAACGCAGUUCUUCAAAAGAUGAUGAAAAUGAAGGUGGAGAAAAUGAGGACGAUAAAGAAGUUUCUGGCUUUCUUAUAUCCAACGAAGUAUCGUUUACUAAUCCUAAGAUGAUGAGUGUGGCUUUUGUGAAGAGAGGUGGUGUGGUCGAGGCAGAUAAAAGCAUUCAAUCGCAGAUAAGAGUGAUGAAUUUCAGCGAGGGAUCGCCUUACGAAACCCUCCACUCAUUCAUAAGCAAAUCCAUGGCUCCCUACUUCAAGAGCUUCAUCAAGGAAUCAGGCCGUGCUGACAGAGACGGCGACAAGAUGGCGCCGUCGGUGGAGAAGAAGAUGAUCGAGCUGGAGAUGGGUUUGCUGCACCUGCAGCAGAACAUCGACAUCCCGGAGAUCACACUGCCGGUGCACGCGACGGUGGCGGCUGUCAUCAAGCGCUGCGCCGAGGAGGGUCGCAAGCCCAAGGUGGCCGACUUCGGCGACAAGGUCGAGGACUCCACCUUCCUCAACGCGCUCCAGAACGGCGUCAAUCGUUGGAUCAAGGAAAUACAAAAGGUGACAAAAUUGGAUCGAGACCCAUCCUCAGGCACGGCUCUGCAAGAAAUCAGCUUCUGGUUGAACUUGGAGCGCGCUCUCUAUCGCAUCCAGGAGAAGAGAGAAAGCUUGGAAGUUGCUCUUACACUUGAUAUUCUCAAGCAUGGAAAACGGUUUCACGCAACUGUUAGCUUUGAUACUGAUACAGGUCUGAAACAAGCAUUGGCUACCGUGAACAAUUACAAUCCACUGAUGAAAGAUUUCCCAAUCAAUGAUUUGCUGUCAGCGACUGAGUUGGAUAAAAUUCGUCAUGCUGAGCAAAUGAUUUUCACUCAUCUGAAGAAGAUUCGCAGCACCAAAUACCCCAUGCAGCGUGCAUUGCGUCUUGUUGAAGCUAUUUCUCGUGAUCUUGGUGUUCAAUUGCUAAAGGUAUUGGGUACUAGAAGAUUGAUGCACAUACCGUUCGAUGAGUUUGAAAAAGUGAUGACUCAGUGCUCAGCCGUGUUCUCAACCUGGGAUGAUGAAUAUGACAAGCUUCAGGGCCUUCUAAGAGACAUAGUGAAGAAGAAACGCGACAAGCAGAUGAAAAUGGUAUGGCGCGUGUCGCCGUCUCACAAACGACACCAGGUGCGCCUGGAGCACAUGCGCCGCUUCCGGCACCAGCACGAGCAGCUGCGCACUGUGAUUGUGCGCGUGUUGCGCCCCAGUCUGCAGCAGGCACCCUCCAGUCAAGAUGGCGGCGGUGCGCCCACAGCUGACGACACACAGCGCACUCCCGAUCCGCUCUCGCUCGAGGCCGCCGAUGCCAGUGCUAUCGAGGAGGUGAACAUGGCGUACGAGAACGUGAAGGAGGUGGACUGCCUGGACAUGACGCGAGAGGGUGUGGAGGCGUGGGAUGCCGCCGUGGCGCGCUACGAGGAGCGCAUCGACCGUGUGGAGGCGCGCAUCACAGCGCACCUACGCGACCAACUGGGCACCGCCAAGAACGCCAACGAGAUGUUCCGCAUCUUCUCGCGUUUCAACGCGCUGUUCGUGCGGCCGCACAUUCGCGGCGCCAUUCGUGAGUACCAGACGCAGCUCAUACAACGUGUCAAGGACGACAUUGAAGCGCUGCACGAGAAGUUCAAGGUGCAAUAUCCUCUGAGUAAAAGUUCACGUAUGAGUUUCGUGAGAGAUCUUCCGCCAGUUGCCGGCUCCAUAAUCUGGGCCAAACAGAUCGAUCGCCAGCUCACUGCCUACCUUCGCAGAGUCGAGGAUGUCUUGGGAAAGGGCUGGGAAAAUCACAUUGAAGGACAGAAACUGAAAGCUGAUGGUGACAGUUUUCGUUUGAAGUUGAAUACUCAAGAGAUAUUCGAAGACUGGGCUCGCAAGGUACAGCAGAGAAAUCUGGGAGUCUCAGGCCGCAUCUUUGCUAUUGAAGUCACUCGGUCACGAACUGGACGAGGAAAUGUGCUGAAAUUAAGGGUGAACUUUCUGCCUGAGAUCAUAACUUUGUCGAAGGAAGUUCGAAAUCUGAAAAAUCUUGGCUUCAGAGUGCCGUUGGCCAUAGUGAACAAGGCUCAGCAAGCAAACCAGCUCUAUCCGUUCGCCAUCUCUCUCAUUGAAAGUGUACGGACAUAUGAGCGCACUCUCGAAAAGCUCACAAACAGGAGUUCACCUCCUAGUCCAUCAUUCAAGAUGGAGGAUAAGACAAGUAUCAUUCCUCUAGUAGCUGGUCUUCGCAAGGAAGUUCAAAAUCUCAUUUCUGAGGGAAUACAACUUGUGUGGGAAAGCUAUAAGCUUGAUCAGUACGUGCAGAGACUGGCAGAACAAGUGUUCAACUUCCAGGAGAAAGUAGAAGACCUUUUGGUUGUUGAGGAGCAGCUUGACGUGGACGUGAGGUCCCUGGAGACAUGUCCCUACUCGGCCAACACUUUCGCCGAUAUUCUCGGCAAGAUUCAGCAUGCCGUUGAUGACCUCUCUCUGCGACAAUACUCCAACCUGCACAUUUGGGUCAACAGAUUGGAUCAAGAGGUUGAGAAAAAUCUUGGUGUACGACUGCAAGCUGGCAUUCAGGCAUGGACCGAUGCAUUGGAAGGAAAGAAGAAAGAAAUUGAUCUGAGUAUGGACACCGAUGCUCCGGCUCAGCCAACUCACAAGCCGGGAGGAGAUCCGCAGAUUCAAGUGAUGAUUCACGAGGUUCGCAUCACCAAUCAGAUUAUGUACUUAUUCCCCAGCAUUGAAGAGGCUCGUCUGCAAAUAAUCCAGCAAAUGUUCCAGUGGGAAGCCAUUGUCACAUCACAGAUCAGACUACAGAGCUCCCGUUAUCAGGUCGGACUUGAUAAGCCAACUUCACAAACUUACCGCAAUCUGUUGGGCAAAUUACCACAGGCAGUGAUCGAAUCAGCUUAUGAAGCUAUAGAGAAGAAGAUUGCUGAUAUUUCCAAUUACGUUGAUGACUGGUUGAGAUAUCAGUCAUUGUGGGACUUGCAAGGAGAUACAUUGUAUGGUCGCUUGGGUGAAAAUGUCGAGCUAUGGAUGAAGUGCUUGAACGAUGUUAAGAAAUCAAGAACAACUUUUGAUACAUCAGAUACAAGACGGGAAUUCGGCCCUAUUGUGAUCGACUAUGCUAAAGUUCAAAGCAAGGUGACAUUGAAAUAUGAUUCAUGGCACAAAGAUAUUCUGGCCAAGUUUGGAUCAUUGCUUGGAAAUGAAAUGCUGCGUCUUCAUGGUCAAAUCUCUAAGUAUCGCAGCGACCUGGAGCAGCAGUCUAUUGAAGCGGCGAGUACAUCUGAUGCUGUGUGCUUCAUCACCUACGUUCAGUCACUCAAACGGAACAUGAAGAGCAUGGAGAAAGAGGUUGAAAUGUAUAGGGAAGGUCAGAGAAUUUUGGAGCGUCAACGUUUCCAAUUUCCAAGCAGCUGGCUGCAUGUCGACAACAUUGAGGGAGAAUGGAGCGCUUUCAAUGAGAUUAUCAAGAGAAAGGAUUCCUCUAUUCAGACACAGGUGCAAAGUCUGCAGCAGAAGAUAGUGGCGGAGGACAAGGCUGUGGAGUCGCGCACCCACGAUUUUCUUGUGGACUGGGAGCACAGCAAGCCGGUGGAGGGGCGGCUGCGCCCAGACGAGGCGUUGCAGCAGCUGCAGCUGUUCGAGAGCAAGUUCGCGCGACUCAAGGAGGAGCGUGACAAUGUCGCCAAAGCCAAGGAAGCGCUCGAACUCCAGGACCCAGGUGGUGUGGUAACUAGUGAAGACCGUAUGGCUGUUGUCUUUGAAGAACUGCAAGACUUGCGAGGUGUGUGGUCGGAGCUCAGCCGUAUUUGGAACCAAAUUGAUGAGCUGCGUGAAAAGCCGUGGUUGUCCAUCCAGCCGAGAAAGCUGAGACAGCAACUCAACACGCUCACCUCUCAGCUUAAGGAGCUGCCUGCCAGGCUCCGUCAGUACUCGUCUUAUGACUACGUCAAACGGCUGCUUCAAGGAUACACUAAGGUGAACAUGAUGAUAGUAGAGUUGAAGUCAGAUGCGUUGAAGGAGCGUCACUGGAAACAGUUGAUGCGUCGGCUGAGAGUGAACUGGGUGCUGUCAGACCUCUCCCUCGGACAAGUCUGGGAUGUCGAUCUACUGGCCAACGAGCCCGUUGUCAAAGAGAUCAUUCUAACUGCUCAAGGAGAGAUGGCCCUUGAAGAAUUCUUGCGUCAGGUUCGAGAAUCUUGGCAGAGCUACGAAUUGGAUUUGAUCAAUUACCAGAACAAGUGCCGACUGAUCAGAGGAUGGGACGACCUGUUCAACAAAGUGAAAGAGCACAUCAACUCGGUGGCCGCCAUGAAACUGUCUCCUUACUACAAGGUAUUUGAAGAAGAAGCUCUGACAUGGGAGGAAAAGCUGAACCGGAUAAAUGCCCUAUUCGAUGUGUGGAUUGACGUGCAGAGGCGCUGGGUCUAUCUCGAAGGAAUAUUUUCAGGCAGCGUUGAUAUCAAGACUCUGUUGCCUGUUGAAACUUCACGUUUCCAAAACAUCAGCUCCGACUUCCUUGGUUUGAUGAAGAAAGUCUCCAAAUCUCCGAUGGUAAUGGAUGUUCUCAACAUUCAAGGAGUUCAAAGAUCCUUGGAGAGACUUGCUGAUCUUCUGGGGAAAAUUCAGAAAGCUCUCGGAGAGUAUUUGGAAAGAGAGAGGACCUCAUUCCCGAGAUUCUACUUUGUGGGUGAUGAAGAUCUCCUAGAAAUAAUCGGUAACAGCAAAAACGUUGCUCGUCUGCAGAAGCACUUCAAGAAAAUGUUUGCUGGUGUGGCUGCCAUUCUACUCAAUGAAGACAACACCGUGAUAACUGGAAUCGCGUCAAGAGAAGGAGAAGAAGUGAAAUUCUGUACACCAGUGUCAACCACUGAUCAUCCGAAAAUCAACGAAUGGCUGACACUCGUUGAACGAGAGAUGCGCGUGACUUUGGCCUCGUAUCUGGCUCAAGCCGUGCAAGACAUCAAGCAGUUCAAGGAAGGCUCCAUAGAUCCAUCCGCCUACAUGGCCUGGUGUGACAAGUAUCAGGCGCAAAUAGUAGUGCUUGCAGCGCAGAUCUUGUGGAGCGAAGACGUGGAGGCGGCUCUGCACCAGAUGGGCUCGACUGCCGAUGGAGAAAGCAAGAUGGCGCCACUGGAGCGUGUGCUGUCGCAGGUCGAGAACACACUCACCGUGCUAGCCGACUCCGUGUUGCAGGAGCAGCCACCGCUCAGAAGAAAGAAGCUCGAACACUUGAUCAACGAGUUUGUGCACAAGAGAACUGUGACCAGACGUUUGAUAGCGAACCGCAUAAGCAGUCCAAAGGCAUUCGAGUGGCUGUGCGAGAUGCGCUUCUACUUUGAUCCCAGACAGAGCGAAGUUUUGCAGCAGCUGACAAUCCACAUGGCCAAUGCCAAAUUCCUCUACGGAUUCGAAUACUUGGGAGUUCAGGACAGGCUGGUGCAAACUCCGUUGACGGACAGAUGCUAUCUGACUAUGACUCAAGCUCUGGAAGCACGUCUUGGUGGAUCGCCAUUUGGUCCUGCUGGAACAGGAAAAACUGAAUCGGUCAAAGCCCUUGGACAUCAGUUGGGAAGAUUUGUGCUGGUGUUCAAUUGCGAUGAAACAUUCGACUUCCAGGCUAUGGGAAGAAUUUUCGUCGGUUUGUGCCAGGUGGGUGCAUGGGGUUGCUUCGAUGAAUUCAACCGAUUAGAAGAGCGAAUGUUGUCAGCCGUGUCGCAACAAGUGCAAACCAUCCAGGAAGCACUAAAAUCACAAGCCUCGAAGAAAGAAAGCUCAAUCACGGUGGAGCUGGUUGGCAAACAGGUGAAAGUGUCGACGGACAUGGCAGUGUUCAUCACGAUGAACCCGGGAUACGCAGGACGCUCCAAUCUGCCUGACAACCUGAAGAAGCUGUUCCGCUCGCUGGCCAUGACCAAGCCCGAUCGCCAGCUCAUUGCCGAAGUCAUGCUUUUCUCGCAGGGAUUCCGGUCCGCUGAGAAGCUCGCCUGCAAAAUUGUUCCGUUCUUCAAGUUAUGUGAUGAACAACUGUCGAAUCAGUCGCAUUAUGAUUUCGGUUUGCGAGCACUGAAGUCGGUGCUUGUGUCAGCCGGAAACGUGAAGCGCGAUCGCAUCCAGCGAAUCAAAGAGCACAAGAAGAACACAGGCGAAACCGUCAUUGAUGAGGCUUCAAUCGCUGAAAAUCUUCCUGAACAAGAGAUUCUUAUUCAAUCAGUGUGCGAGACAAUGGUGCCGAAGCUGGUUGCUGAAGAUAUACCAUUGCUCUUCUCACUACUCAAUGAUGUAUUCCCACAAGUUCAGUACACCAGGGCUGAGAUGACAGGUUUGAAAGAGCAAAUCAGAAAGGUGUGUCAAGAGGAGUAUCUCGUUUGUGGAGAAGGUGAUGAGCAAGGAAGUCCGUGGAUGGAAAAGUGCUUCAUGGGAGAAACUUGGAUCGAGAAGGUGCUACAACUGUUCCAAAUCUGCAACCUGAACCAUGGCCUGAUGAUGGUGGGCCCCAGUGGCUCGGGCAAGUCGACAGCCUGGCGAGUGCUUCUGAAAGCCCUUGAGAGGUACGAGGGCACAGAGGGUGUGGCACAUGUCAUCGACCCGAAGGCCAUCUCCAAAGAGGCGCUGUACGGUGUGCUCGACCCCAACACCCGCGAAUGGACCGACGGCCUCUUCACACACGUUCUCAGAAAAAUCAUAGACAACGUGAGAGGAGAAAUAAACAAAAGACAAUGGAUCAUAUUCGAUGGCGACGUCGACCCGGAGUGGGUGGAGAACCUCAACUCCGUCCUUGAUGACAACAAGCUGCUCACUCUGCCAAACGGUGAACGUCUGUCGCUCCCUCCAAACGUCAGAAUUAUGUUCGAGGUACAAGACCUGAAGUAUGCGACCCUGGCGACAGUCUCCCGUUGCGGUAUGGUGUGGUUUAGUGAGGACGUCCUCUCCACAGAAAUGAUUUUCGAAAAUUAUCUGGCUCGGCUCCGAAACAUCCCAUUGGAAGAGGGUGAUGAUGAUUAUCUUGGAUUGACAUCGAAGAAGAACCAGAGCGAAAUCAACAAGGAAGAAGAAAUAUCGCCAACCAUGCAGGUUCAAUUGGAUGCCGCAAACAUUUUCCAAACAUACUUCUCUCCGGAUGGUCUGGUUGUGCGUUGCCUUGAAUAUGCAAUGACACAAGAACACAUCAUGGACUUCACCAGACUGCGAGCUCUCAGCUCAUUGUUUUCUAUGUUGAAUCAGGGUGUCAGGAAUGUUGUACAAUACAACCAGUCUCAUUCUGACUUUCCGCUACCCGCUGAAGAUCUUGAGCGUUACAUCCCGAAAGUUCUCAUCUACUCCCUGCUGUGGAGUUUUGCCGGCGACGCUAAACUGAAAGUUCGAUCCGAUUUGGGAGAUUUCAUUCGUUCGGUUACUACUAUUCCUCUGCCUUCUGUCAAUGCCAACAUGCCAAUCAUUGAUUAUGAAGUGAAUAUCUCCGGCGAAUGGAGCUUGUGGUCGAAUAAAGUUCCUCAGAUCGAAGUGGAAACUCAUAAAGUGGCUGCUCCUGAUGUAGUUGUACCCACGCUUGACACUGUACGACAUGAAGCAUUGCUAUACACAUGGCUUGCCGAGCAUAAACCAUUAGUUUUGUGCGGACCUCCCGGGUCGGGAAAAACGAUGACACUGCUGUCUGCGUUGCGAGCUCUACCUGACAUGGAAGUGGUUGGCUUGAACUUCUCGUCUGCUACCACUCCCGAGCUGCUCUUGAAAACAUUCGAUCACUAUUGUGAAUAUAGGAAAACACCCAAUGGUGUUGUAUUGGCUCCUGUCCAGCUGGGCAAAUGGCUGGUGCUGUUCUGCGACGAAAUCAACCUGCCGGACAUGGACCAGUACAGCACGCAGCGGGUGAUUUCGUUCCUGCGGCAGCUGGUGGAGCACCGCGGCUUCUUCCGCACCACGGACCAGGCGUGGGUCUCCCUUGAGCGCAUCCAGUUUGUCGGCGCCUGCAACCCGCCCACCGAUCCCGGUCGUAAGCCGCUCUCGCACCGCUUCCUGCGUCACGUGCCCGUCAUCUAUGUCGACUAUCCUGGAGAAACGUCGCUCAAACAGAUCUAUGGAACGUUCAGUAGAGCGAUGCUGAGAUUGAUUCCACCGUUGCGAGGCUAUGCCGAGCCGCUGACAAACGCCAUGGUCGAGUUCUACCUGGCCUCACAAGAGCGGUUCACUCAGGACAUGCAGCCUCACUACGUCUACUCGCCACGAGAAAUGACUCGAUGGGUGCGGGGCAUCUGUGAAGCUAUUCGGCCACUGGAUUCACUGACGGUUGAAGGACUGGUUCGAUUGUGGGCGCAUGAAGCACUGCGUCUGUUCCAAGAUCGUUUGGUGGAGGAGUCCGAGCGGAAAUGGACGAACGACAACAUCGACAUAGUCGCCCUGAAGCACUUCCACGGCGUCGACAAGGAGGCCGCUCUGGCCAGACCCAUUCUCUACAGCAACUGGCUGUCCAAGGAUUACAUUCCUGUCGAUAGAAAUGAGCUGCGUGACUAUGUCAAGGCCAGGCUUAAGGUGUUCUAUGACGAAGAACUAGAUGUGCCACUUGUGCUUUUCGAUGAAGUAUUGGAUCAUGUACUCCGUAUCGACCGAAUUUUCCGACAACCGCAGGGCCAUCUGCUGCUGAUCGGUGUUUCUGGCGCAGGAAAAACUACUCUGUCGCGAUUUGUUGCCUUCAUGAACGGACUUUCUGUCUUUCAAAUUCGGGCUCACAAUAAAUACACUGGUGAAGACUUUGAUGAAGACUUGCGCUCAGUGCUGCGUCGCGCCGGCUGCAAGAAUGAAAAGAUAGCAUUCAUUCUCGAUGAGUCCAAUGUCUUGGAAUCUGGCUUCUUGGAGAGAAUGAACACUCUGCUAGCUAAUGGAGAGGUUCCUGGCUUAUUCGAAGGAGAUGAAUACACUACACUGAUGACUCAGUGCAAAGAAGGCACUCAAAGGGAAGGCCUGAUGCUAGACUCGAACGAAGAGCUGUACAAAUGGUUCACGGGACAGGUGAUGAAGAAUCUGCAUGUUGUUUUCACAAUGAAUCCGUCCUCUGAAGGCCUCAAGGACCGGGCAGCCACUUCGCCCGCUCUCUUCAACAGAUGCGUUCUCAACUGGUUCGGAGACUGGUCAGAUGGCGCUUUGUACCAGGUAGCACAUGAAUUCACGUACCUGCUGGACCUACAAGGCAGUCCGACAUGGACGCCUCCGGACUUCUUCCCGGCGGCUUAUGCAGGCCUGUCGCCGACGCCGGCGCACAGAGAUGCCGUCAUCAACGCCUGUGUCUACGUGCACCAGACGCUGCACAAGGCCAACGCCCGGCUCGCCAAGCGAGGAGGACGCACCAUGGCUAUCACUCCUCGCCAUUACCUGGACUUCAUCAACCACUUUGUGAAACUGCAUCGUGAAAAGUGUUCUGAACUAGAAGAACACCAAAUGCAUUUGAACGUUGGUCUGGGAAAGAUUGCCGAAACAGUCGAACAAGUCGAGGAAAUGCAAAAGUCGCUGGCUGUCAAAUCACAGGAGCUGCAAGCCAAAAAUGAAGCUGCUAACGCAAAACUGAAACAAAUGUUGCAAGAUCAACAGGAGGCUGAAAAGAAGAAAGUGCAGAGCCAGGAAAUUCAAUCUGAAAUUGAAAAGCAAACGAUUCAGAUAUCUCAGAAACGAGAAGAUGUAAUGGCUGACCUUGAUAAGGUUGAACCGGCCGUCAUUGAAGCUCAGCAAGCUGUGAAGUCGAUCAAGAAGCAGCACCUGGUAGAGGUGCGCUCUAUGGCCAACCCGCCGGCCAUCGUGAAGGUGACCUUGGAGUCGAUCUGCCUGCUGCUCGGCGAGGGCACUACCUCCCCCGCCGACUGGAAGACCAUCCGAUCCGUCAUCAUGCGCGAAAACUUCAUUUCCACCAUCGUCAAUUUCAAUACCGAAGAUCUCACAGAUGAAGUUCGAGAGAAGAUGCACUCGCGGUAUCUGAACAACCCGGAAUAUACAUUUGAGAAAGUUAGCAGAGCCAGUAUGGCCUGUGGCCCUAUGGUCAAAUGGGCCGUCGCUCAGGUGAGCUACGCCGAUAUGCUGAAGAAAGUAGAGCCGCUGCGCGAAGAGCUGCACAGCCUAGAGGUGCAGGCGGCCGAGAACAAGGAGAAGGGCGAAGAGAUGAAGGCACUGAUCGCGCAGCUGGAGAAGAGCAUCGCCGCCUACAAGGACGAGUACGCACAGCUGAUCUCACAGGCGCAGGCCAUCAAGGCCGACCUUGAGAACGUGCAGGCCAAGGUCGACCGGUCGAUCGCGCUGCUCAAGUCGCUGGGCAUCGAGCGCGAGCGCUGGGAGGCCACCAGUGAAACAUUCAAGUCGCACAUGUCCACCAUUGUCGGGGAUGUGCUGCUGUCGGCCGCCUACCUUGCCUAUGCUGGCUACUUUGACCAACAUUUCUCCAAUUUCUUCAAUAAAUUUUGUCCAUUUCAGAGAUUCAACAGAUACCCUCUGAUCAUUGACCCAUCAGGACAAGCGACUGAGUUCAUCUUGAAUGAAUUCAGAGACAGAAAGAUCACUAAGACCAGCUUCUUGGAUGACUCGUUUAGAAAGAAUCUGGAAUCUGCCCUGCGAUUCGGUAACCCACUUCUGGUUCAAGAUGUGGAGAACUACGACCCGAUCCUAAACCCGGUGCUGAACCGCGAGCUGCGACGCACAGGCGGCCGCGUGCUGAUCACCCUGGGCGACCAGGACAUCGACCUGUCACCCUCGUUCGUCAUCUUCCUGUCGACGCGCGACCCCACCGUCGAGUUCCCACCCGACAUCUGCUCGCGCGUCACCUUCGUCAACUUCACGGUCACCCGCAGCUCGCUGCAGUCGCAGUGCCUCAACCAGGUGCUCAAGUCCGAGCGACCCGACAUCGACGAGAAGCGAUCCGAUCUACUCAAACUUCAAGGAGAGUUCCAUCUUCGUCUACGUCAGCUUGAGAAGUCUCUGCUCCAAGCUCUCAACGAAGCCAAAGGAAAGAUUCUGGAUGAUGAUUCAGUCAUCACUACAUUGGAAACCCUGAAACAAGAAGCGGCAGAUAUCAGUAAGAAAGUUGAGGAAACUGAUAAGGUCAUUGCUGAAAUUGACACCGUGUCCCAGCAGUAUAAACCUCUGUCUCAGGCAUGCAGUAAUAUGUACUUCACCAUGGACAGCCUCAAUCAAAUACAUUUCCUCUACCAAUACUCACUGCAGUUCUUCUUGGAUAUAUUCAGCUCAGUACUGCUCAACAAUCCUAAGCUUGAUUCCAUCACCGACUAUAACAGUCGUCUGGGCAUUAUAACUAAAGACUUGUUCGCUGUAUGCUACGAGCGUGUUGCCAGAGGCAUGCUUCACACGGAUCGACUUACUCUUGGCAUCCUGCUGUGCCGCAUCCACCUGAAGGGCGUGCCCAGUGAGCCCUCCCUCGAUCAGGAGUUCCAGUUCUUCCUGCGCGGCAAGGAGGGUGUCUUCAAUGCAAGAGCCCCCGCCAUCGAAGGCCUCUCUCAGGAACAUCACGAUGCUAUGCUCAGACUUACAUCCAGGUUGCCAGCUUUUAAAAAUUUGGCGAAAAAGAUUCAGGAAAUGCCAGAAUUUAGUGCCUGGCUGCAACAGAGCACUCCAGAAAACUGCGUUCCCAGAUUAUGGGAGGAAGAGAAGGCGUUGAGUCCAAUUGGAACUGCUAUGUAUCAACUGCUACUGAUUCAGGCAUUCAGGCCAGACCGCGUGAUAGCGGCCAGCUACCUGCUGGUGUCGGCCGUGCUGGGUGAGGGCUUCACGGCGCGGGCGGAGCGCGAACUGGACCUGGCCACCAUAGUGGAGACCGAGCUGAACGCCAAUGUGCCGGCACUGCUCUGCUCGGUGCCCGGAUAUGAUGCCAGCUCCCGGGUCGACGACCUCGCCGCCGAGAAGGGCAAGCAGAUCGCCAGCAUCGCCAUCGGAUCAGCCGAGGGAUUCAACCAGGCGAGCAACAUGAUCAACGUGGCAGUGCGUUCGGGUCGCUGGGUGCUGCUGAAGAACGUGCACCUGGCGCCGCAGUGGCUGGUGCAGCUGGAGAAGAAGCUGCACAGCCUGCAGCCGCACGCCGCAUUCCGGCUCUUCCUCACCAUGGAGAUCAACGCCAAAGUGCCGGUCAACCUGCUGCGUGCCGGACGCAUCUUCGUAUUCGAGCCACCACCCGGCAUCAAGGCCAACUUGUUGCGUACGUUCAGCACUGUGCCUGCCUCUCGCAUGAUGAAGGUUCCGAACGAACGCGCGCGCCUCUACUUCCUGCUGGCGUGGUUCCACGCGAUUGUUCAGGAGCGCCUGCGCUACGUGCCACUCGGCUGGGCCAAGUACUACGAGUUCAACGAGUCGGACCUUCGAGUCGCCUGCGACACGCUCGACCUGUGGAUCGAGGCCACGGCCAUGGGUCGCACCAACCUCAGCCCCGAGAAGGUGCCGUGGGACGCACUGGUCACCCUGCUCUCGCAGUGCAUCUACGGCGGCAAGAUCGACAACGACUUUGACCAGCGCCUGCUGGCCUCGUUCCUCGCCAAACUGUUCACGCCGCGCAGCUUUGAGUCUGACUUUGCGCUGGUGGCGAAUGUGGAUGGCGUGGCGGGUGGACCCGGCGGGCACCGGCACAUCACCAUGCCUGACGGCACCCGGCGCGACCACUUCCUCCACUGGAUCGAGACCCUGUCCGACCGCCAGACACCCUCCUGGCUCGGCCUGCCCAACAACGCCGAAAAGGUCCUGCUCACAACAAGAGGAACGGAUCUGGUGAGCAAGCUGCUAAAGAUGCAGCAGCUGGAGGACGAGGAUGAGCUGGCCUACUGCAGGGAGGAUUCAGCGGCGGGUCUGGACACCGCGGCCCGCGAGAGUCAGGUGGACGGCCGCCCCGCCUGGAUGCGCACCCUCCACACCUCCGCCUCCACCUGGCUACAGCUGCUGCCCAAAUCACUGCAGACUCUGAAGCGAACUGUUGAAAACAUAAAGGACCCACUAUACAGAUACUUUGAGCGUGAAGUGAACUCAGGAUCUCGUCUGCUCCGUGAUGUAAUUCAUGAUCUGGAGGACGUUGUCGCCAUUUGUCAGGGUGAGAAGAAGCAGACCAACUACCACCGUGCCAUGCUGAGCGACUUGGUGAAGGGUAUCUUGCCGAGCAGCUGGCGUCGCUACACGGUUCCGCGCGGCUGUACCGUCAUCCAGUGGAUCACCGACUUCCGGAACAGAGUUGUCCAACUGCAAAAGGUGUCCUCGCUCGUGUCACAGGGCGGAGCUAAAGAGAUCAAGACGUUUCCAGUGUGGUUGGGUGGACUUCUAAACCCAGAAGCUUACGUGACGGCAACCAGGCAGUGCAUUGCCCAAGCGAAUAGCUGGUCUCUGGAAGAGCUGGUGCUGGAUGUCACUAUCACCGACUCCAAUGACCCAGCCGUUGACGAAUGCAGUUUUGGAGUUGUUGGUUUGAAAUUGCAAGGAGCUCAGUGUCGCAACAAUCAAUUGCUGCUGACGUCAACUAUAAUGAUGGACCUUCCAUUGACACUUCUUCGAUGGGUUCGAGGUACUCCCGGCACUGAAGUCCAAGGGAAACUAACUCUUCCCGUCUAUCUGAACUCGACGAGAACUGAGUUGCUGUUUACCGUGGACCUGAACAUUGCUCCCGGCCAAGACCAGCACAGCUUCUAUGAAAGAGGAGUGGCUGUUCUCACCUCUACCGCUCUCAACUGAGAGCUGCAUACAUUCUAGCUUUAUCAUCUAAACGAUACUUAGUAUCUUUUAUGUUUCACGUUAUUUCUGUUUCAAGUGCUUUAAUAGUCAGUGUUGAAUUUAUAUCUGUCAUUAUUUGUUGAUUUAGAAUGUAUUAUUAUUCUUCCAAUGCAUUUUAUAUUAUUGUUAAUCUUCAUUUAUCUUGUUCUAUGUUUUAAACAUCCUCAACACGUUUUAUAUGUAUUAACAUCGCAUCGACAAUUAACUCCUAGCCUAGCUUAUCUUUUUAGAAGAUUCAUACUUAUAAUACAGAUUUCCUUUCAUUGUCAUUGCUUUUACCUGUAAGCUUCAUGUAUGUUAUGCAUCUAGUAGGCCUAGAUAAUUUCUAAUUUGCGAUUUUAAAAAUCUUAUAGCAAUGUGCAAAUAUAUGAUUCUAUGAAUAAUAAUAAAAUAAUAAUUGAAUGUAA